GGCAUAUAAAAAUCUUGCUCUCCAUUACAGGAGAUAAGGCAACAUGAGAAUGAGAUUUCACUAUCAAAUGAGGCAAUACAAUACAUUAAUUAAUUUUAAUUCCCAACUCCAAACGCUAAAGUCUUAACACGCAGAAGCAUGCGCAAGAGUGUUUAUCGUUGAACACGCAAAACCAUGACAAAGCUAACCCACCUAAUCGGAAUAAUCAAAGACAAAGCAUCGCAGAGCAAGGCGGCGCUACUCUCCCAACGGACCACCCUCUCCCUCCUCCGCGCCACUAGCCACGACUCCUCCGCGCCCCCCACGCGCAAGCACCUCGCCACGCUCCUCUCCUCCGCCGACGGCUCACGCGCCACCGCCUCCGCCUUCGUCGACCUCCUCAUGGACCGCCUCAACGCCACGCACCACGCCGCCGUCGCCCUCAAGUGCCUCAUCGCCGUGCACCACAUCGUCCGCCACGGCACCUUCAUCCUCCAGGACCAGCUCUCCGUCUACCCCUCCUCCGGCGGAAGAAACCACCUCAACCUCUCCAACUUCCGCCGCAGCACCGCCGACCCCACCUCCUGGGAGCUCUCCUCCUGGGUGCGGUGGUUCGCGCAGCACGUGGAGCAGCUCCUCUGCGCCUCCAGAGCCCUCGGCUUCUUCUUCCUCGGAGCCAACUCCGAUAGCCAAGACAGGGUCUCGGCGAUCACCAACGCGCACCUGUUGACCGAGUUUGACUCUCUGGUGGCGGUGGUGGAGGGGAUCUGCAAGAGGCCCGAGCCCACCGAGAAUGGCCUGGUGGAGGAGAUUGUGGGCCUGGCCCGUGAAGAUUGGGCCGUGCUGCAAAGUGAGGUGCGCGUCAGAGUGAGCGAGUUUAAGGAGAGGUUGGGAGGGUUGAAGUUUGGGGAAGCGGUGGAGUUGGUUUGUUGUUUGAAGAGGUUGGAGGAGUGUGAAGAGAGGAUUAUGGGCAUGAAUAUGAUCAUGAUGGAAGGGCCCCGGCCCACUAAGGAACAAGUCAUAUUGUGGGAGUUAGUGAGAGAGGUUAAGGAUAAGGCUGGGUUGGAGGUGUAUAGAGAAGAGGGUAAGGUGCGUAUAGAAACUACAAGAUUCCCAGUUAGUCACUCCGAUCGCUUUUCUGCUCCACCUCUCACUGCUUAUGAUUCUCUCCUCUUUCCCUCUGGGAGGUUAACGCUCUUCUAACAUUUUCUCUUAAUUCAUCUAAAUAUAUAUAUCACAUACAAACACCAUUUUUAUUUAUUAUUUUACCUCUUUCU